UCACAGAGCGCAGGCGCCAAAAUGGGCUGGUCAGAGCUGCGACGCUGCGAAACGAGAACAAUAGUCAAGCAGCGGACACAGUGCAGGGCGAGAUGCCAUGUGCGCUGGAUUAUGAGCAGGGGUGACUCUGGUGAUUCAGGUGGUGAGACUCGUGAUAGCGGACGGACUGACAGUGAAGCCGGCUGGUCGAAGUGGGAUAUCGGGCUAGUGAGCUGCCGAAUGCGGAGACCAAGUCUGCGGAUUUGCGGUGAACCGACAAUCCGUGUGCUGUCCCAAGCUGCCGGGAACGUGAUUGCCUAUGCGACAUCGGCGCAAUCAACGCUCGUGGCCGACGAAGGAGUUCAAUCAGCCAUGGCUCGCACGAUGACAAAUGCCACGAUAGCUGCUUUACUAAUGUCCAAUUCUCCGGACAAGCAUAUAAACCCCACGAGCGCCCAGAUAUGAAAGUACAGCACUCAGUUGACCUCAAGCACUAUCCCGACAACCAAGCAUACCAAAGAUGGUGAACUUUGUACCAGAGGAUGAUGAGAAAUGGGUUGGUUGGCUUGCACAUGACAAAGACGCUGUUGGCAAAUUGGAGUUUGGCCGCUUUGAACCCAAGCAAUGGACCGAGGAUGACAUUGAGCUUCAAGUUCACUACUCCGGCAUUUGUGCAUCUGAUUUACACAUGCUUCGCACUGGUUACGGAUGGUCCCCUGUUACACACCCAGUGGUCGUAGGCCACGAGAUCGUUGGCAAGGUGAUUCGCAUUGGCAGUAAUGUCAGCAAAGCAGGCAUCAAAAUUGGCGCCUUUGCUGGUGUUGGAGCGCAGUCUGGUUCAUGUCUUUCUUGCGAGCAGUGCACAAACGAUCGUCACCCGUACUGCGAUGCUGGCGCAACAAGCACGUAUGGCGCAGAGUACCAAGAUGGCAGCGGCAAGUCUGCAGGUGGAUUUGCCCAUCAUUGGCGAGGACCAGCUACAUUUGCAACACCCAUUGAAGGCAUUCAUCCAGCGGACGCAGCAUCUAUGCAAUGUGCCGGUAUUACUGUCCUCAGUCCAUUGCUCCAAAAUGAUGUCAAGCAAGGUUCGAAUGUUGGCAUCGUCGGUAUCGGUGGUCUUGGCCAUUUUGGCAUCAUGUUCGCUCAUGCACUUGGCGCGGAAGUCACUGCCAUCUCACAAACUCAUUCAAAAGAGCAGGAUGCCAAACAGAUGGGUGCAACACAUUUCUUGGCAACAAGCGAUGGAGAAAAGGCAAUCUCAGCGCACAGGCGCAGCCUCGACUUGAUUGUUUGUACAGUCAAUGACUUUGAGGAGGGACAACUCGAAGGCUAUUUGUCCUUGCUGAAGGUGCACGGUCGGUUCAUGUUGGUGGGCGUCCCAGACAAGCCUCUCAACUUUUUGGCCUUUCCCUUGAUCGCCAAUGGCAUCAGUAUUGGUGGUUCGGCUAUCGGCUCGCCCAAAGAAAUUGCCGACAUGCUCGAACUGGUCAGGAAGCAUGACAUCAAGACGUGGAAGAAGAUUUGGCCGAUGGAGCAAGUCAAUGAGGCAUUGCUUGAUAUGGAGAGGGGCAAUGCGCGUUACAGGCAUGUGCUCAAGACCAAGUAUGCUGAAUAGAAAUUCUGAUAGUUUAGCGGUAGACAUUUCUGCAGAGCGCAUCUCCUGACUCGCGAAGCGUCUGUCUGAUUCUGUCAGUAGCAAAUGCCUCGAGUGUGGGCUUUUCUGUGUACGGCGGCGGUGAUGCCUCCAUGGCAGAGCAAAUACACGCUAGCUGUAGGCAGAGGUGUUACACUUGAAAGACUUGUCAGACAAGCGUUGCCGCACUGUAGGAGGCUCUGCUUGGCAAAGGAUAAAGAGAUAUGCUUCAUCGAGGCUUCGGAGAG